CGGCCCGUGAGGAUGGGCAGCAGCUCGCUGUCCGAGGACUACCGGCAGUGCCUGGAGCGGGAGCUCCGGCGGGGCCGCGCGGGCGUGUGCGGCGACCCCUCGCUGCGCGCCGUGCUCUGGCAGAUCCUGGUGGAGGACUUUGACCUGCACGGGGCGCUGCAGGACGACGCGCUCGCGCUGCUCACCGACGGCCUGUGGGGUCGCGCGGACCUGGCGCCCGCCCUGCGUGACCUGGCCCGCGCCUUCGAGCUCCUCGAGCUGGCCGCCGUGCACCUCUACCUACUGCCCUGGAGGAAGGAGUUCACCACCAUCAAGACCUUCUCAGGGGGCUACGUGCACGUAUUGAAGGGUGUGCUCUCUGAGGAGCUCCUGACCCGGAGCUUCCAGAAGAUGGGCUAUGUGCGGAGAGACAACCACCGCCUGAUGGUGACAGCUCCACCCCCUGCCUGCCAGCUGGUACAGGUGGCUCUGGGCUGCUUUGCUCUUCGGCUGGAAUGUGAAAUCUUAGGUGAAGUACUGGCCCAGCUGGGCACUAGUGUGCUGCCAGCUGAGGAACUGCUACGGGCACGGCGGGCUAGUGGGGAUGUGGCCUCCUGUGUGGCUUGGCUGCAGCAGCGGCUGGCCCAAGAUGAGGAGCCACCACCCCUGCCUCCCCGGGGCACACCUGCUGCUUAUGGAGCCCCACUGGACCUGUACCAAGACCUGCAAGAGGAUGAGGGCUCAGAAGCCAGCCUGUACGAGGAGCCCUCACCAGGGCCAGAUUCACCUCCUGUGGAACUGACCUACAGGCCACCACUCUGGGAGCAGAGUGCCAAACUAUGGGGCACUGGGGGCCAGCCCUGGGAGCCCCCAGCUGAUGAUCUGCCUCGGGCUGGUAGUCCACCCUAUGGGGCCCUGGAGGAAGAGCUAGAGCCUGAGCCCUCUGCUUUCUCCUUUCUCUCUCUGCGUCGUGAGCUGAGUCAGUCAGGGGACCUAGCUGAAGCUCCUGGGAGCCCAAGGCAGGCCAGUCCCCGACACAGGCUGGCGGAAGGAACACCAGCCUCGGCCUAUGGGCCUGUCCCUGAACACCUGAGUUACCAGACACACAACUGCCUGGCCCCUGGUGCCCUGCCCACCCUCUGCUGUGACACCUGCCGUCAGUUACAUGCCACUCACUGCACUUCCCUGUCAGCCUGCCGCCCAAGUCACUCACUGCGCAUACUGCUCGGUGACACCCAGAGGCGCCUGUGGCUGCAGCGAGCACAGGUGGAUACCCUGCUCUAUGACAGCACUGGGGCCCAUCCCUAGGUCUGGCUGGGUUUUGAGACUGUUUCCAUGGUGCUUCUUUUGGGGAUGGGCCUGAACCCACUGACUGCCCUGGUCCUCCUAUUCCUGGGACACCUUAGGCCCCGCAGGAGACUCCUGCCUAGGGUCAUGUCAGGCCUUCCUCACUGAGAUGCCAGUCCUCAGCCCUAAUUAGCAGUAGAUCCUGAACUGGACCAACAGAGUCCUUCCUUUAUGCACUUGUCCUUGUGCCCACAUGUGCUGGGUAGAGCCCAGACUGUGUCCAUGUUAGUGUCCAUACCCAUCUCUUAAGAAGGACCCCAGCCCUGUUUAGAAGCCUAUCACUUAAUUGCCUGUAGCUCCCUAUACUUUGUGGUUGAGGACAUGCCACCUCUCUUCACAUGUCUGGGGAAUCCCCACACAAGGGCUGCCUCAAGAGCCUGCAGAUGACAGGCACUUGUGCUCCACUUGAGCCAGUCUAGGAGGUUCUACCGGGUCAUGGCUGACCUGGCUGUGAAGACUUCUAAUGUCUUCAAAGUCACAGCCAGGAGGUGUAAAAGCUACAGAGAACAGGCAAGUGGGAAAUGCUAUCACUCCUCAGAGGGACAGGCACCCGGCUGCCUGCCAGCAGAAGGAAGGGUUACCAUCUGUGGGCUGCUGCCAAUGCAGCUUGAACCAGGUGACAGAUGAACAUGAAGAGAGAAGCCACUGUCCCUUUUUCUUGGUGUCCUCCAAACCACCAGCCCACAGGCUGGGGAAGGGCUGGAUUUCCAUAGCCUACCUGGAGGUGCAGGUGACCACUGUUCUACAGCCUCUUGUCUAUCAGCACUCCCUUGGUGAGCCUGUUCCUACCCCUCUGUUCCAGACCCUCCUGCCCAGCACCCUCAGAUGAUAUAAUCCACAUUGCACAAGUCAAAACCCACAGAACAUUAAAGGAUGGUGAAACUGCG